AGCAGCCGUUCCGCCUUGCUGCCCCGGUUGGGGGCUGAGGUCCCGGACCCCCCUCCUCGGCAGGGGUGCGGUUGACAGACAGCCCUUCUCCAGCCUGCCCAGAGCCGUCCCUCCUCCCUCCCUGCUCAGCACGCAGCCAUCCUCAACUCCAGGCAACCCUUUCCUCCAGCCCUGCUCCCCCCGACCCUCCCCUGCCCCCCGCCCAGCCAGCUGGCAGGCACCUGGCACCCUCCUUGCCUGUUAUCGCUUUGCCCGCUCCCCCUUCUCCUUCCCUAUCACUGGAGAAAGCGAGAGGAACAAGUGUCGGAGCAGGGAGCGCAUAGCAACAGGAUUCUGGGAUGAAGAAGAUUCGGCAGCAGCAUCUCCGGAAGCCGGUGACACCAGAGCUCCUGGUGAGUCCCAGCAGCCAGGAUGGGGACCUGUGCUCUGAGUGUCCAGAAGACAGAGGGAACUGGACAGGGCGGCUGGAUUUCCUCCUCUCCUGCAUCGGAUACUGUGUGGGCCUCGGAAACGUCUGGAGGUUCCCGUACAGGGCUUACACCAACGGAGGAGGAGCUUUCCUGGUUCCUUACUUCAUCAUGCUGGCCAUCUGCGGGAUCCCCAUCUUUUUCAUGGAGCUGUCACUUGGCCAGUUCUCCAGCCUGGGGCCACUUGCUGUCUGGAAGAUAAGCCCCCUCUUUAAAGGUGUUGGCAUGGGUACGAUUCUCAUCGUCUCCCUGGUGGCCAUCUACUACAAUAUGAUUAUUGCUUAUGUUCUUUUCUACCUCUUUGCAUCCCUCACAAACGACUUGCCCUGGCAGCACUGUGGCAACUGGUGGAACACCAACCUGUGCCUGGACCACCACAUCAUCAAGGCGGGGAACGCCACCUUCCCUGUCAACAUCACCAACACCGUCAGCCCAAGCGAGGAGUACUGGAGCCGGUACGUCCUGCACAUCCAAGGGAGCUCUGGGAUUGGAGAUCCCGGGAGGAUCCGCUGGAACCUGUGUCUGUGCCUGCUCCUUUCUUGGACUAUCGUCUAUCUGUGCAUCCUAAAAGGAGUCAAAUCCUCUGGCAAGGUCGUGUACUUCACCGCCACCUUCCCGUACCUCAUCCUGGUGAUGCUGCUCAUUCGUGGUGUGACCCUGGAGGGGGCCUGGAAGGGCAUCCAGUUUUACCUCACGCCCCAGUUUGAUCACUUGCUGUCUUCCAAGGUGUGGAUCGAGGCAGCCCUGCAGAUUUUCUACUCCCUUGGGGUAGGCUUUGGGGGCCUCCUCACCUUUGCCUCGUACAACACCUUCCAUCAGAAUAUCUACAGGGACACCUUCAUAGUGACCCUGGGCAAUGCCAUCACCAGCAUCCUGGCAGGGUUUGCCAUCUUCUCUGUUUUGGGAUACAUGUCCCAGGAACUUGGGGUCCCUGUUAACCAGGUGGCAAAAGCAGGUCCUGGCCUGGCUUUUGUGGUGUACCCCCAGGCCAUGACAAUGCUCCCCCUUUCUCCAUUCUGGUCUUUCCUGUUCUUCUUCAUGCUGCUAACCCUUGGCCUGGACAGCCAGGUAAGGACAGAGCCCACCAAGCCAGCCACAAUGCCCAGGCAGCCCAGGGGGCUCAGGGGACCUCUUCUCCUUUGUGUGCAGUUUGCCUUUAUGGAGACCAUUGUUACAGCAGUGACUGAUGAAUUUCCCUACUACCUACGGCCAAAAAAAGCUUCCUUCUCGGCUAUCAUCUGCAUUGCCCUCUUCCUGAUGGGGCUCAUCCUCACAACGGAGGGUGGGAUGUACUGGCUGGUCCUGCUGGAUGACUACAGUGCUGGCUUUGGUCUCAUGGUGGUGGUGAUUACUACCUGCCUCGUGGUGACACGUGUCUAUGGCAUGAAGAGGUUCUGCCGCGAUAUCCACAUGAUGCUGGGCUUCAAACCAGGGCCCUACUUCAGAGCCUGCUGGAUGGUCCUGUCCCCAGCAACAAUGAUGGCUCUCCUGGUGUACAACAUCAUCAAGUACCAGCCCUCUGAGUACGGCAGCUACCGCUUCCCUGCCUGGGCUGAGAUCUUGGGCAUCCUCAUGGGAGUUCUUUCCUGCCUGAUGAUCCCCGUGGGCAUGGUGGUGGCUGUGCUCCGAGAAGAAGGGACACUGUGGGAGCGGGUCCAGCAGGCCAGCCGUCCCGCCAUGGACUGGGGCCCAUCGCUGGAGGAGAACCGGACCGGCAUGUACGUGGCGAGCCUGGCUGGCAGCCAGUCCCCCAAGCCGCUGAUGGUCCACAUGAGGAAAUACGGGGGUAUCACCAGCUAUGAGAACACAGCCAUCGAGGUGGACCGGGAGAUGGAGGAGGAUGAGGAAGAGGAGUCCAUGAUGUGAGGAAACCCAGCACCCUGCGGGCUGUGGGGGGCUCAUUCCCCCCUAAUUUGCACAGGUUGCACUGCGGCACUUCAGGAUGGCUCAGGGGGUCUUCUUUUGGGGAGCAGUUGGGAGCUGCCGACCCUGCCCGUCUCCUCACUACCACCCUGGCCCCACGAGGAUGGAGCUCCUGCCCAUCCCAGUCCCCUCGAUGUGUUUCUGUUCAGUGUGACAAGCUGUGUGACGAGUCCGUGUGUUCGUGUGACAGUGUCUGGUGAAAGAGUCAGGACUGCCCCACUCCUACCCACAUCCUCAGCCCUGCCCUCCCCAUGCAGGGAUGCUUGGGCUGCAGCCGCCAGGGAGGAGCAGGUCCUCUGAGUUAGUCUGUUCUCUGCUUGUGUAUAUUUAACUCCAAUAACCCACAAACAAGUGUGAGAAAGGACUGUAAUAUCCUCUGUGCCCUAGGGACAGUGUGUGCUGGUGUGCUCACAUGGAGGUACUUCAGCAAAACCAGUGUAAAUCAGUGUCCUGCUAAAGAAAUCUGACCUCAUAAAUGAGCAGCUAAAAAUAAUUAGAAGUGGGGAAAAGAAAAUGCCUUGUAAACAAACCAGCUCGGGCCUUUCCAAGCUUGUAGGUUCCCCAUGGACCUCGGUGGGUCAGGGCAUCUUGCAGGGCUGGGGGAAACUGAAGGGAGGGAGGAGGAUGAUGACCUGUUCCCUGUGUGUGCAGGAGGACAAAGGACAGGUCUCAGCUGAACCCAUUGCCAAAGGAGGACCUGUGCCCAUCCCGAAGGGGAAUUCGAGGGCUGUCCCUAGGCCUGGGUGCCACUUUUCCCAGGGAAAAGCAAAGGGCUAAGUUUGAGUGACUGUGUAUAAUUUUGGGAUAGCUCAGCCUAGGGCCCAUGUCCCAAAGCUCCCAUCUCCUGCUGAUGCUGCUGGCCGGGGUGGGGGGAGGGGGUGUCAGUGAGCUCCUGGUUGGGUUUUAUGGACCGGUUGCUGCCAGUCCCCAUUACCACAGUGUCAUGUACACCUUCUCACAUAUACCAUCAGCUCACCAUUAAAAAACAGUGUGUGACACA